AUGAAUUCUAACAAAGUUGUGGUUAUCGGGUUCGGUCUUCUUCUCCUUGCUUUCCUUCAUGCCGUCGUGGUGCCUCCAUCCAUGGCUGCAGUCCCGUUGAUCCCACGCUCGCACCUGCAGGAGAUGGCAGGCGGAGGCAGCGCAUUAUCCACAGUUGAGCCAUUGGGAUGGGGCAAGAAGUGUCACACGGUUGAUACAAGCUGCCCGUCUAAAUUCUGCUGUUCUUGCUCAAUAGGUUCUUGCGGAGCCUGCUGCGGCUAA